ACCCGCUUGUUUAGUCGCGAAGUUGACCAUCAGGGGCAGAUAGCGGAUUGCGUUCCCAGUGUUGAAGUGACGUAUGCAGCAGAUGAUGUUUUUUUUCUGGAGAUGUGGCUUUAACUGUUUCUCUUUUCACUUAAUUAAUUAAUGAGGUGUGAACAUGAUUGUGUUGUCAAUUUUCAGUGAUGUACUUAUAUUUCUUGGAAAAAGGAAAAGUCGUGUGAAUUGUGUUAUCGCUUGCAGUCCAAGGAUUUUAACCAAGUUGAGUCAAAGGGGGAAGUUCUGCUGACGUAACAUGCUACAGUGUGCGAUAUUUACAGUCGUGAUUGUUGAGAACUGAACAUUCCUUCAUUGAACCAAAGAUUAGUAACACUCGCUACGUACGGAUUUCUUGUCUGGAAUAUCUAGCAGUGACUGGCGUGGAUAACAAGAAAUUACGAGGAAAAUGCAUAAACUGUUUUCGUUCCUCGGGAUUAUCAUUUGACAUAAACCUGGGAAAAACUGCUGAUGAGAACGGUUAAGCACAUAUCCAAGAUGUGAUUUCGAACUCUGAAAGUAUUAGUUACUGUAACACGUACGGAGUAAAGAACUGGAUUAACGCUCGUCUAUUGCGCCAUGGACGGCCCAAAGAGAUAUUCCCCCUCAAGAAAAGCGGCCUCUGCCUUGUGUGAGUUCCAUGCCAAUAACAACAUGACUCACGAAGGGGGCACUCGAACCUCCAACCAUCGGAUGCUGGUCAGUCUUGAAGAUCUUGACCGGAUAUCCCGACACUCACUCAACUGGGAGGAAUUCUUCGGAUCCUCCCUGGAACUAGCCCCCUCCCUUCUGAACAUCUACGACGAUAUUGUGGCCUCGGGCACUCGUGACGACAACGGCAAUGAGUGUCUUCUCGAUGACGUCAGUGCCAACAAAAGCAGCUCACCUCCCUUGCACCAUCAUCAGAACACCUGUGUCGGGAAAACCCAGUCACUGCCUCCCAGAACAGACGGCAAAAUCCCUCUGCGAAGCGGAAAACUGCCGUCCUUGAGCGAGCCGUCAGACAGACCGGUGUCGAUGAUGGACACAGAUCCUUCGGCUCCAAAACAAAACCAGGAUCACAACGACCAAAAGAAGCGUCCGCUUAGUAUUAGUUCUAUGUCUUCCGCCUCCUCGUCGUCUCUGCCUCGGCUGAGGAAGAAAAGGGCGAACAUGAUGAAGUCCGCUACGAACGAUUCAAGAGACACAGGAAUCCCCGAUGAGGAGGCAGAAGAGGCCAGUGGUUUCUCUAGCAGCGCCGGUGGAUCCGGAGGCAAUGCCGAUGGAUCUGGGCUUGGCUCUGAGUCGAGGAACAGUGUGGACAGCGGCUGUGUAGACGGUGACAGAAGCGGGGAAAGAUUUUUCGACAACAUGAGCAUCACGUCCUCAGAAACUGGCAGCACGAGGGACGAGGUGGACUCCAGUCUCUGGUCCGGUAAAGAUGUUUCCCUUACCUCUGUAGAUACCACGAUGUCUUCCAAACAACAGCAAAGUCGUAGCAAACUCCUCGGCAACUCGUCUCACCCCACUCCCCAUGUCCUUCAACAAACUCCUUCACCGAGUCCUUACAGAAAAUAUUCCCAAGACAAAGCAACAAAUGAAAACUUGGGCUCCCUACCGGAUAGCCCUCUUAGCCCUCGAUUAACGCGGCCUCGCAGGAUCUCAUCGCCUCUGUCCGGGAGCAUUUCGAUCCCCAAACCCGAAGACCCUCGCUUGUUGGGAGAUAAAGCUUCUUACCUCGCCAGCCCGUCGCCAACGUCCCCAGCCCCGGACAGCCCAAGCGGAUAUGACGUCAUAGGUAGCCCGGACAACGGGAGACGAACUUUGAGCUCAACCAGACAGGAAGCUCGGAAGAGGUUCUUCUCGAACUACGAAGAGCAUUUGAACCAAAAUCGGACAGGUUACGUACAGGCACCCCUCGCUGAAUCCGAAUCCUUGACGUCUUCGGCUCACGAAGACUCCCCCGAAACACGAUGUGAAGCGUCGGGGUCUGAGCCCAGUCUUUUGUCAUCACAAAAGACAGCAGCAUCGGCUGCAGCAACGAAAAAACAGUCGUCAUCGCCAUCAUCAUCCCCGUCUUCACCUCCAGCAACAACGUCAACGCCGUCUUCAGCCUCAGAGGCGACGCAACAGCAGCAAAACCAUAUUCCACCCUUCUCCCCGAGUUCCGAGAAACGGUCGUCAGACAAACACUUCAGGGACAAAAGGUCAUCUCGCUACGACCCCAACUCUUCAGGAAUGACCUCUCAGCGAUCCGUGUUCUCAAGGUCAUCCAAAAAGAGAGACACCCACCCCGGUGCUGACCCGGGGUCAAGGGGCAGUCCUGUCUACGUCAGUUAUGUCCAGCGGGUGGUCACGGAGAUCAUAGAGUCUGAACGCACGUAUAUCGCCAGCCUGGAGGAUAUCAUACACGGUUAUCUGGAACCUCUGGAAACAAUUCUGAACACUCGAGACGCCAAGAAGGACAUCAGCUGCCUCUUCAGCAACAUCAGAGAAAUCUACAAAUUUGGAUGCAUUUUCCUGGCUGAUCUUGAAAGGACAGGGUCCGACCCUGUGAAGGUGGCCCAGUGCUUCGUCAGGCACAACAAGGGUUUUGUCAUCUACACAGACUACUGCACCAACUACCCACGAGCGGUGGAAGUGCUGACCAAGUUCAUGCAGGACCCUGACCUCAGCGAGCUGUGCAAGGAACGACAACUGGCCUUAGGACACGGUCUGCCCCUGGGAGCCUUCCUGCUGCGGCCUGUGCAGAGAAUACUCAAGUACCAUCUGCUCCUGCAGAACAUCGUGAAGAAUUGCGAGAAAGAAGGCCAAGACGCGUCCAUCUUGGAGGCAGCAUUCCAACAUAUGACACAGAUGGCUCACCACAUCAACGAGAUGAAAAGGAAACACGAACACGCUGUGCGCAUACAGGAGAUACAGAGUCAGCUAGAGGAUUAUGUGGGAGAGGACUUGACCAGGCUGGGAGAACUGGUGUUGGAGAGCACGUUUCGGGUUUAUGGGGCCAAAGCCUCCAGGCAAGUCUUUCUGUUUGAGAAAGGUCUGCUCAUCAGCAAAAAGAAAGAAGGUGGAAUGCUCAGCUGCAAGACAUUCAUCAUGUGUUCUAACCUGAUGUUGGUAGAGGUAAUACCGAACGAACCACUCAGUUUCCACGUCAUUCCUUUCAACAACCCGAGGGCACAGUACACACUACAGGCUCGUAACAUGGAGCAGAAGCGUCGCUGGUGCCAGGAAGUAAAACGACUCAUCCUUGAGAGCUUCAAAGGUCGUAUCCCAGACAAUGUGAAGAACCUGGUCAUGCAGCUGGGCCGUGAACACGAUGAUGAUUAUGUAACCAAGGAAGCUCUUGAAGCAGUCAGGAAAAACCAACACACAGCCCCUGAAUAUCUUGAGAAGAGAAGGGUUAGAAAGAAAUCUGGUUCUCGGAUACCAGAUUUCAUUCUUUUGAAACCUCAACGAGCCAGAAAAGAUUGGAACAAAAAAGCUGACAAAUCGAAGGUUUCCCCUGAAAUGGGUCGCAGAGCAGAGAGCAAGUCACCAGAUUCUCAUCGACGUAUCUUCCCCAAACAGCUUGCUCCAAACAAGAGAAGAAGCCAAAGUCAGUGUACCAGCAUGCCGACCACACCGACAUCUGAGAUAUCUUACCCAGAAAUGUACAACCAGCCCCACCCCAGCAGACCCCAGGCUGUCAGCCAGCCCGUUACUCCUAGUCAGAACCCCAUCUCAGCCAUUGUCUCCUCGGGCGCUGCCCUCGUCUCCUUCACAAAAGGCCUUGGUGGUGAUGACGUGUCAAAGAAAGACAAGAGCAAGUCUAAAGUUACUAACAACAACAGUCGUGAGGGUCACGAAGAGGAACUGGAGAAGGUGAAACGAGCGCAAAGUUUCCGGAAAGCCAUGAGAUCACAACCUCUGACCUCGCAAGAUCUGAGUGAUUUGGUCGCUAGAUGUGGUGGCUCCAUUAAGUUUUCGACACCAAAUAAAGUCAAAGAGGAUGUGUUCACUGAGGAUGUGCCAGACAGGCAGGAUCUCAGCGGUUAUAGUCUGAGAAGUCGAUCAGAUGCUGAGGAUUCAUCGGACGAAGGUGGAGAUGAGGAGGAAGAUAGCAUUGAUAACAAAUCAGCUCUAAAGUCCGAAGAAACUAGUUUUGACAGAGACAUGAUAAGUGUGGACAGCAUAGCUGAUGAAGAUGUCGAUGAUACUAAGCCCAUUCACACCUCAGCUACCUUUGAUUCACCUGGUGAUGUAAAAAUAGGAGCUCUUGGUGUUGAAGACAAUGACAUGAUGAGCCCAGAAGCUCGAUCAGCUAGUCUGCCCUCCCUUCACAACAGUGAAAGAAACUCUGGCUUUCAAGCCGAUUCUAGUAAAAGAAGUAGAACAAAUCAACUGAAAUCUGAGAAAAUGUCGUCAUACAGCUCAGAUAACAUAACAUCCCACAGGGGAAGUGGAAGGAUGAGCCGGAGAGACAUGCAAAAUGCCUCCCUUCAGAAUGGUCGAUAUGGGCAGAGAAAAGGACAAGGUACUGCUGGCAGUUGUGAUAAAGUGAAGGAUGAGAACAGUGAACGAAAAGUGACAGCCUUUCAUGACACGUACAGCAAGAGAACUGGAGACAAAGCUAUUCUUAGGAAGAAAGGGCUUCGCCUGCCAAAUACGUCCAAACACUUGCCUCUACCAGAGCCCAGAGCUAGUCCUCACCCCAAUGGGAUUAAAGCAAAAUUGACAGACUGGAACAGUGGUGUCGAUAAGCUAACCAAAGGAUCACUCAGUGACAUUUCACAUUUGGAUGAAGAUCCAUGGGUUAUUAACUCUGACUCAACUUCACCAGGCACUAGCGUUAGCGAGUCUCUCAACUCCACAGCACAAGACCUCUCGAUCAAUGACAGUAGCCAUGCUCAUGGUGGUGCACGACCAAGAGGUCACUCAGACUUGUCCGAGAUGAUGAAAGUUUCUGGUAACAAGGAAAAUCUGGACUGGUUGGUCUACCUCAACAGAAAUUCUUACGGGUCCCCUUCAGAAGCUGCCUCAGCCUCCAAACAAAGGCUGUCUACUUCUGCUCUAGAUUGGGGAUGCCAGAGGAAGGAAAAUUUGGAUGCCAAAAGAAGAAUCUCAGCACAAGUCCCAUACGCCACACCUCCACGUUCAUACAUGACGACAGAAAAUAUGAAAAAAUUUGGUUCAGGAAAGGACAAGCCUCAGAACUUCCAAAGUAAUGGGAACAAAUCUACUAUCAACGUUGUGCCUGUCUCCAGCGUGUCUGCUUUUGGAGUACCACCCAUGACAAUCACAAUAGCUCGUCCCACCACUUUAAAUGCAAGCAACCUGACUCGAUGCAAUAGCAUUCCUGCAAGCACCUGCAGUAGACCAGAGACUGUCACCAGGGUUCGUCCAUCCUCUAUGGACAUGGAGAAACUGGCUGAUGAAAGUGAUAGAAUGGUUGCAGAGAUGGAGGAGUACAUCAGCAGAACUUCUUCUUCAGAGAGUAUGAAAGGGACAAGCAAAUUCCCAACUACUCUUCCAACUAUAACAGUGGAGGAAGAGGAAGAUGAUAAAGAGCUGAACCGUUUGUCUGUGGUUUCCUCUGUCUCCACCUCAUCGUAUGACAGCCAGGCUAGCAGCUCCAGCGACGGUCUUGUCGGGACUCUCAAGACUAAGCUCCACACUUGGGCUCAGCGUAUGGGCAAACGGGAAGACAGCGAGAUCAGUCUUACUUCCACUCUCACUUCAGAUGAGGAAGACAAAGUAGAUAUGUUCACAGGUGCCAACACAUUUGAGCCACCUCUACAUAAAGAGAACUUGUGGCAAGCAGAUCGCCAGUUGGAGUCGGUGCUUAGAGAGCAUUGCCAGGGAGGAUCAGUGAUUGGUUCUCGGAUGGCACACACCUUGCCAAAAGGUAUGGAAUCGCCAACCCUUCACCACCAUGGUGACACAGUCAGUUCCUCAUCAGAGGCCCGUCCUCACAGCACCUGUGGACUGUCCAGGGUCGACACCUGUCAGCAAGUGCAGGACGAGCAAGCUUCACCAGCUAAAGAGAGCGCUCCAGACCAUGCAAGAUUUUCUCUACCUCCCACCACAGAGGCUACCGAGGCUCUCAUGCCACCGGCUCUAAAGAGCUGCGACAUCCAGCAGUCUGAUUCAGGAUUUUCCCUGCAGAGUAAUGACUCUAAUCUAAGUGAGACCCAAACUCCUGCCCCCGAACCCCUCCCCCAGCCCCUGCUGGAACUGUCGGAGGACUCCUCCAAAGAAGUAACUCCAGAAACCAAACCAAAGAUGGACAAAUCUAGUAAGAGUAAGCAGUCUUCACCGUCAGCGAAAAGUUCAGUGAAAAGGACUGAUUCAUGUGAGUCCAUAGAUUCCACAGACAGUUUCUAUGAGAGGAGGCUGUCUGUUGCUUUUGAUUCUGAAGUGUUCAAUGAAGAGCCUGUGAUUGUGACUGUGUAUGAGGAUAGACCACAAGGACAUGUUGAAGUCCAGCCACGUAAACAUACAAUUCGUGAAUAUGUGCAACUGAUUGAACAAAAGCUAAAGCCACAGUCACCAAAAGUUUUCGAGGUUCGAAGGAGAGAACCAGGUACAAUGAUUCGACAGAGACUGGAGACGCUGCGAGAGAGUGCUCUGUAUGGGCGAAGCAGCUCCAGUCAUGGUUCUAGUCGGCAGGCCAGUGAGGAGAGAGAGUUCAUCCGGUCCAAGUCCCAGCCUCCCUCACAGUACCGCACGAAGCUCAACUCAGCAGAUCGUUAUGACUGCCGGUGUAGCGAUGACAUUAGUGUGAAUGGUAUCAGACACUUUUCGUCAAAAGAGAGUCUGUCAAAAUCAAGAGAAAGAAUAAAUCUUUCCAAAUCAAGAGAAAGUGUAAAUUCAAAUCUCUCAAGGGAAAGCCUUGUUACGUCCAAAUCACGAGAGAAAAUUAACUUUGGUGGGUCUGAAUCAUCGGAUUCAAAACCAUCGUCUCCAGCCUUGAGGAUUCGUUCAACAAAUCACGGUCACGAAAGUGACAGCAGCCGGUUCUUAUUCAUGUCUCCGGGGCCAUCAGAACCAAGUACAGCGAACCAGUUCAGGUACAGAGCGCGGAGCAACUCGGACCAGCCUCUGUCUGAAACAGAACGGUCCCCAACUCCCGGGGCAGAGGGAGGCAUGCAGCCAUCCAAGUCUAUGUGUAAGCUGGACCAGCUGAGCAGUGAAGUAGAUAAUCUGGUCAUCAUGAAGGGUUGGGUGAGAGCUCUUAUUUCGAGAUUUCAAGAGCCCUCGGAGUCAUGAGGUCAUAUGUGAUGAGAACCCAGUGACAUGUCUAAAGACACUGUGGUUUAUUUUUGUCAUAUUGACUAACAGGUAUAGAGACUCGCUUUCUCCACAGAGACCUGAUUCAUUCACAUGGAUUAUCGCAUCCCGAGACUUUGUUCCUGCUCCACAGACGUGGUUUAUUCAUUUUUUGCACUGACUAAACCCAAACAGAAGCAACUCUUGUCAUUAAAAGCAGCACGGUUUCCACCUUGAAAACCGUAGUUUUUAACACUUGAAAGUGAAAGACAAGAAGCACUUCUCUGUGGUAGGAGAACAAGUCUUUUGUAUGUAAGAAUCAGUGGCCUAGUGUGUGCAGAAAAAAACAGUCAUGAUGAUCACCCGUGGAGUUGUAGGAGGGUAUGAACUAGGACUGUACUAAGACCUGUGGCGGGUUGAAUGGGCCUGUGAAAACUGUAUAGAGGGAGGACACUCUUUGAACAAAAUUACACACACUUUGUAAUGGAGACCAAGAUCAGCUAAGGUUAUGCCUAAUGACCUAGCAAAAAUCACAUACCAUGAAGCUUUUGCUCUGAACAAACUAUUAUUUUUUGGACUAGUGAUAUCUAUGUGUUUUAAUGUUAUUAUCUUGUUUACUCUGCAGGCAGUUUCAUUUCCAUUUGUAUUGUUUCUUAUUUAGCUUUCUCAAGAAGUUGCAUACCAAAAUCUUAUAAUGUAUACCUUACCAUGAUAAUGACUUGGUGAUUGCGUGUUAUUAAUUUAUGGCAACUACUCACUGGCGCAGCUCUACAAAGAAAGAAAGCAAGUUGUAAAAAGUGUUCAAUUUUGUCAGCAGAGGGGUUGAUUUGUUGUUUUUUUCUUUUAAACAAAAUUUGGUGCUACAGAUAUCAAUUUCACCUAAGGUUAUGUAUAAAGAAGAACGUUUUGGCUGAUGUAGAAAAUGAGAAGAUGAUGGAAGUUUUUUUUCUUAAGUUAAAAGGGUAAAAGUUGAAAUGCUUUCUGUUUCUGUAUGCAAAUGAAGUUAAUGCUGAAUAUUGGAGCCAUUUUAUCCACCACAUAGGUCAUUGUGCAUUGACUUUUACUUUGUAAUGUAAGCAUAUGAGGACCUACAGCCUACAGGUGCAUUACAAAUUACAGAAUGCAAUUGUGUACCACGCUUCCCAUGUAAAGAGGAAACUUGGUUCAGUUGCUGUAUCUCUAUUGUCCUUUGAAAAUCAGGUUAUAUGUGAAAUACAUGUAACCAUGACAACAGAGGAGGGAAUAUUUGUGACCUCAGAAAUAUGUGCAUGCUCUCAACCUGUGGCGCAUAGAAUGAUUUUGUUACUUGUCGCACAAUUGUACCUUUUUAAAAGUGAACAUUGGCCCUACUGAGGUUUUUAUUUCUACGUCUAGUCUAUUAUUUACUUUUCUCUUGGUCGGUGUAACAAAUAGACUGUGAAUAAUAAUAUGAUACCAAACUACACAAGAAAAGAAAUUGUAAAAGUACUUUUUUUAUGCCAGGCCUGUUGUGCAAAUGCAGUUUUUUUCCUUUCAUUUCACCACUCACCAAAUCGAAUGGAGAGCCAAAAAUGAAUAGUUAUUCAUCAAAGCAAGAUUGUUUUUCUCAGAUUUGUAUAUUUCAAAAGCUUCAGUGCACAUGUCCUUAUGUUAUUUGAGACACAGGUUACUUUCAUUACUUUUAAGCAUCAAGGAAAUAUAUCUCUCAGCUCUGUCCCAAAUCAUCAAGGAACAUACUUUAAAUGUACAAUAUCUUACUUUAUCAUGCAUGACAGAGCUUGACUCAUACAUUUUUUGCAGCCUGAACGCUGUAACUUGUAGUUGUAGUCUAGACUGUGACUCAUCCGUCAAACCUUUUGUGUAUGUUCGAUUUGUUUUAAGACCUACGUAUAUGAUAUUUUCCAUCCUAAGAAUGUGUGUACAUAAAAUCAAAUCAUUGUAUGCAAUCUUAUAUGUUUCUGUUUCUCUGACCAUUUCAGUAGUUCAGUUCCCUGCAUGGUGUCCAUAAAUACUAGAUCUUUGUCAGAUGGUUUUCUUAGAAAUUCGUAUGUUUUUAAAACAAACUUAUCUCCAUCCUGAAUGGUUGCUAACUGAGGGAUCAAUUUCAAAUGACGCUUUUGAGCAAUUUCAUUCUUCAACCACUUCAAGUAAAUGAGCUUCAUGAAAACGAAAAUAAUGUUUAUUUUGUUUAUCUGCAUCAAUGUAUCAUCCCAGUGAAUUCACAGAUGAAAAAGAUAAUGUUAACCCAGACAUGUUCUUAUCAAACUGGCAGCUAUACCUCAGUGACGCACAUAUGUUCUUCAGCUGUCCAACUUGCUAGUGUCUGUUUCUUGCCCACUGCACACAAUGCUGUUACAUUUACAGAGUAUCAGAUAUUAAAAUUACGCCAAACACUUUCUUCGAACUGAGGCAAACCCCUAUCUCAACAGGGGAGGAGAAAAAAUAGCUACAUUAUAAUCCACGAAAUGCUACUGUAAUGCAUGUCUCAUUGUCAUAGCUACUUUCCAUUGAAAAUUUGAUAAGUCAGAGGCUUACAUCAAUAACUGGUUCGUUUUCAUGAAAACACAAAUUUAUGUGAUAAAUUUUUCAAAGUAAAUUAAUGAAUAUCACUAAACCUUUCAACAAAUUAUCUCCUGCUGCACCAUGUCUCUUUUGCAUUGCAUUUAAGAGUUUAUCUUCAUUUCCAUAACAUAAAGGGGUUGGGGGUAUUGGUCAGCCAGUAAAUACCUAAGUAUUUACCAUAUUUUUUAAUUUUUUUUUUGUACUUUGAAGUGCUUCGAAUUCUGAACAGUUUAUAGCUUUUGCAAACUUCCCAUUUUUUUUGCCUCAGAUUUUACACUGUGUACUAUGUACAAGUUAUGAUGACUGCCUUGCACAAUGUUUUUGUCUUUGUUACUCAAGUCUUCCAUACAUUUUCUGUAAUGAUCAUCAUCUUCUUCAAGGUCACUUCUUAUUGAGCUCAGUCUAUAAAAUUUGACCUUCGGACUCGUCAGAUCAUCUGCAUCAUGAAGGCAGUGUGCUUCAAAAAAAUAUCUACACUUUCACAAGAAGUUCAGUACAGUCAAAGGUUAGGGUACAUGCCUUUUUGAGGACAUUGUGUUCCAUCUGCAUACUCAUUUGUAUUCCGUAUGAACUGGUACUUUCCUAUUGAGCCACGAUUCACCAUCCGUCUGUCUGUUUUGGGGUUUUUUCAUUUUUCUUUGACUGUCUGUGCCAUACAGCAACUCAUCUCUGUGCUUCCUGCAAUAAAACACUGAACAAAUUAUC